AUGGUGUGUCUCCAUGGCACUUCUUAUGUACUCAUGAUGAAUGGAAGAUUACAGGGGAGUUUUCAGGGAGUUAAGGGACUUCGUCAAGGAGACCCUAUAUCACCAUUACUAUUUGUAUUGGUUAUGGAAUACCUCACUCGGUUGCUUCAACUAGGGGCUCUGCAACAAGAUUUCUGGUUUCACCCUAUGUGUAAAAGCCUCAAGAUUAUCAACCUUUGCUUUGCUGAUGACUUAGUGAUUUUCUGUAAAGCUAACAUCGGCUCAGUUCAGUAUGUUAAGCAGGUUUUUGACAACUUCUGCAGUAGUACAGGGUUGAAGGCCAACCUCAGCAAAUCUCAAGUGUUUUUUGGAGGUGUUUCGGCUGCAGUCAAGGUCCAGUUGCUUCAGAUUUUGCAACUUGAAGAGGGAGCAUUUCCUCUUAAAUAUCUGGGGAUUCCUAUGAGGCCAACAAAAUGGAAAGUGGCAGAUUGUGGAGAGAUCCUUAAAAAAAUUAAACUAAGGCUUCAUACUUGGGCUAGUAGACAUCUAUCUUAUGCAGGGCGAACUCAACUCAUUACGUCUGUCCUUUUGGGUUUGCGAAACUACUGGAUGAAUAUCUUCUUGCUCUGGUUUCUGUGGGGUAACAAUGGUACCAGAAGUGGUGCAUCAAAUCCAAGCUUGGAUUGGAUGCAAUUGGCCUUUAAGGUUCAGUGGCUGGACCCGAUGGAUUGA